GUUAGGAGCGGGAGAAGGAGCAUGAGGGGAAACGUGAAGGGGUGGACGAGGCACGGGAGGAGGAGCGGUAGAUGGAGCGGGAGGAGGAACGGGGGAAAGAGCAGGGGAAGCAGCGGGAGAAGGAGGAGCAGCGGGAGGGGGAGCGGGAGAAGGAGAGGGAGGAGGAGAGGGAGGAGGAGCAGGAGAAGGAGCAGGAGAAGGAGGGGGAGCGGGGUUAUGGCGGGAUCUUUGUCACAUUGUUUGGCGAAGGAGGAGCGGGAGGGGGAGGAGGAGUGGGAGGAGUGGGAGGAGCGGGAGAAGUAGCGGGAGGAGGAGUGGGAGAAGGAGGGGGAGGACUGGGAGGGGAAACGGGAACGGUUGAUGCUGUGAUGGGUCCAAGAGGCGGUGGUGCGGCACCUGCGGCUGCUGCUCCGGAGCCGCUUGCAGCUUCAUCCCCUUUCGGGGGUCAGACAGUUGAUGCUUGUGCUAAUCAGGCGAAGGCAUUUCAAGAUUGUCUGGAGCAUAAUAAUUCUGACAUUGGGAAAUGCCAGUUCUAUAUUGAUAUGCUCACUUCCUGCAGACACAAUGGGACCAUGUUCCAGCUGGUGCUUUACGGAUAUGGCGGUGACGGUGGCGGCGGUGGGGGUGGUGAAGCUGAACCCAGAAGGCAAUGGGUUGUUAGCGGUCAUACAGAGUCGUGCAGGUGUGUGAAGUUCUCAGACGGCGGAAGAGUGGUCGUCUCAGGGUCCCCGGACAAAUCGAUUUUGCUCACCGAUGCUGCCACGGGUCGGAUCGUUUCCAGGCGAAGCGAUGCGCAUUUGGCGGCCAUCAAUCGGCUCAUGGUUUUGCCAGAUGCGCGAGUCGCAACGGGUGAUGACGAUGGUGCAGUGAAGAUCUGGGACAUGCGGCAGAAUAACUGCUGCCACACAUUUGCGGUUCACGAAGACUUCAUUUCGGAUAUGACACCGGGGCCUAGCAACAAUCAGCUGAUCGUUACGAGCGGGGACGGUUCUCUCUCUGUGUGUAACGUCAGACAGAACAGAGUGGAUGGUCGGUCGGAGAUGGUGGAAGAUGAACUGCUCUCCGUCGCCGUUCUCAAGCAUGGACGGAAAGUCGUCUGCGGAACGCAGGAUGGUCUUCUGCUCAUCUAUGCGUGGGGGACGUGGAGCGAGUUCAGCGAUCGAUUCCCUGGUCACCCCUCGUCCGUAGAUGCAUUAGUGAAGGUCGACGAGGACACUAUUUUGACGGGAUCUAGCGAUGGUUUGAUAAGAGUUGUCUCCAUUGUGCCUAACAAGAUGUUAGGUGUAAUCGGCGAACACUCCGACUACCCCAUCGAAAGGUUGGGGUACUCCUUCGACAAGCGUUUUAUCGCGAGUGCAUCACAUGACCGAAGCGUUAAGCUUUGGGAUGUUGCUUACCUUCUCGAAGGCGAUGACGAAGGCGACGGUGCUGCUGCUAACAAUGGAAAUGAUGUGGACAUGGAGCAACCAGGUCAUGACAUGGACAGUGAUGAUGAUGGAAACCAAGGGGGAGGGGGAGGGGGAGGGGGAGGGAGAACGGGAGGGGGAGUGGGAGCAAGCGGCAGAAGGCCAGGCAGGCAAAGGGGAGGAGGAAGGGAUCAACAACAAGAUAACAGUUUCUUCGCUGACCUCUGAUCAUCAGAUAGCGAUGCAAAAUGUCUUGUUUAAAGAUUUUUUUUUUGUGGGCGCUUGCAAUUGAUCGGCCAAUCUUUCGAGUUUCUUUAUCUCCCAGCCAACAAACUCGUGUUUUGCUG